AUGACCGUCCCCAACACCCCGCUCGGCGUUGCCUACAGCAUCCUCGCCGCAUCCUGCUUCGCCCUCCUUUCCUACCUCUUCAACACCCCCGUCCGCGGACACCGCCUCACAAUCGCCCGCCUCUCCCUCUUCGCCGCGCACGGAAUCAGAUACGAAGCCCUCGUCGACCACAAAUCCUACGCCUUCUCCUUCUCCGCGCCCCUCCUCACCUGGUCCCUCCACCUCCCGCACACCUCCGACCCCCGCUGGGCUACCGUCCUCCUCCACGACGCAUUCUACACCUCGACCAGCGCCGACGUCGCCGCAGACCGCCUCACCCUCAAGCUCUGGCUCCUCCCCGUCCUCUUCCGCCACACCGCCGGCGCGUGGGCGGACGUCGCGCUCGCGGGGCUCCGCAUCCGCGUGCGCCGGAGCACCGACACACCUUACUGGAUCCAGCGCCUGCGUGCGAACCUCGUCGCGACGCUCCUCACCGGCGAGGUCCUUCGCGCCGACCUGUUUCGGACCGCGUUCCACUUUGGGGGGCUCUUCACGGCGAUGGACGAGCGGUCGCUCGGGGAGUCGGACCGCAUGCGGGCGUACACCACCACGCCCCUCCGCACGCACGAUCCGUACGAGCUCUGUUUCAGCCUCGCCGCGCGCGGGCUGCUCAUCAACAACGAAGAGGGGCGGAUGUACACCUUUGGCAGCAUCGACUCGCAGCUGCGCCGGGACUGGGCCAAGGACCGCGGCAGCUUCGCGCUCGUGGCGGAGGAGUGCCAGUGGGUGCGUGUGCUCUUUCCGUACGAGCGCGUCGCACCUCGCCCGUUCUCUCUUCAGCUCCUGUCGUCCAUACUCCACUUCCCUUACGAUCUCUGGCGCAACGUGAACUGCCCCAUCCGCACGACAAACCUCUCCGUCACCCGUCUUGAUGUGACGUUCGACGCGUUCCGUCUGCGCGACGCCGAGCUGUUGCGCCAGGCCGUCGUGCUCCUUCGCGAGCAGGCGAUCACGAGCGGGGUGAACUGGAACGAAUUGUUCUUCGACGCCAUCGCGCAGGCACUUGCGUGCUAG